GUAUGCGCAACAAUUGACAUAGAAAAAAUAUUCGCUCUCGAAUAGAAAAAAAGACCAAAAAAAAAGAAAAGAUUUUUUAUAUAAUUUUUCAUAUGCAAUUAGCCUCUGGCAUUCAGUCAAAAUUUAGACGAUUUUAUUAGAACGUUCAACGUACCAUUUUUUUGGAAAACAUAACGAGUGCCAUUGGAGUUAUUGACCAGUUCUAACGUGUAUUUGUAACAACUUUUUCCCCUCAAUUCGCCAAAAUGAUAGAAGUACCGGUUUUGCCUUGGGAGAAGAUCGACUGGAGCGAUGAACGUGUGCAGAAAAUCUAUCUAGAUUGGGGUGUAUUCAACACCCACAAGCAACAAUUGGAUAUUGCGGCGAAUUAUUAUGAUAAAUCAUUGGAAUUGAAGGCAGACGAUGCUCGGGCGCUGGUUUACCGUAGCCUGUGUAAACGGGACAUUGCCCAAACAGAGGGCGCCUUGGAGGACGCUUUGGCUGCGUUGGAGAUCGAACCUCAAAACGCCGUUAUUAAUCAAGAAAUAUGUCAAGCGCUACACGAGCUGAAUCAGUUUGAAAACUGCAAGGUAGAACUUCAUAAUAAUUCCCGAAAAUAUAUCGGAAGAAAGGCUACAAGGUUUAUAAAUAAGCUUAUUGUGAUCGACGAAAACUUCAACGAUACCGUCGGCGAUACGUUGAGCCCCUUCAUACUAAGAAAUGAAAAGAUUUUCGCCGACGUUUUGGCAUUUUUAGAGCGUGAGAAAUACGUUGAUCCGCGACCACUAUGGAAAGUACUCAACGAGCAGGGUAAAUGCGAUGUGCUCAGCAUACUCGAAAAGGAGGAGGUACUACUGUCGCCACGGGAGGUCGCCAGAAGGGAACGCGCGUUCAGGGUCUUCAAUCAAAUAUAUUACAACAAAAGUUGGAUUGAUGUAUUAUUUUUGAAGAGUCUGCGUGAGAAUCCCAAUUUACUAUUGCCACAGAACAAAGUGUCCACGCCAUUUUUGCGGAAUCUUGUGAAUACCAAAUAUGAUGUGGUUAAAAAGUUCCUGAAAAUGUUACAAGCACGUAGUCCGGUCUAUACUGAGCAGUUGCGUAAGUGUCCCAAUAGAAAGAUUUGGGAAGCUCAGCGUCAGAAACAUUUGAAUCAUAUUCAGUACCAAACUCGUCGUAAUAUGCUAACGAUCUUACGUACAAUACGGCAAUUACGCGCUUUGGGCAAAAUUAAACAACUCAGCAAAUAUGUCGAGGAAGUAAUGGGCGAUUAUGUGGUAUUGAAGACACACCGCGUAAUGCCGUGGAAAUUCGAAUUCAUCAAUGAAGUCUACAAUACUUUGGCACUAGCAUAUGCCGACAUUUACACCGCACCACCGGAUAUGAAUUUUCAUUAUGAUACAAGGAAUCGUCUCAUUCGUCUCUUAAAAGUACCCAUCGAUAAGAAUAAGGACCGCAGCAUGAAAUUCGUGUUCGGAGACAAGUCCACAUAUCAAGAGCCUGAUGCUAUCGAUUACCCACUGCUGGCUUACAAAAAGUAUUUGGCACGCUUGGAGAAGCGUAUGCAUUUCGCCAAGUAUUCGAUUGAAAAGUGCUAUUUGCUUUACGAAAUCGCACAGAGCCAUUUGUCGCAGAGCCGCUUUGAAGAGUGUUGCUCUGUGGCGCGGAAGGCCAUCGAAGAAUCGAAGAAUUGCAACAGCUACUUGUGGCGCUUUUUGAGCACGUUGCUCAUUUGCAAAUCUCACGCCGUGUUGCACAAAGUCGAAAGGGGCCGAGAUGCACUCAAUGAGGCUUACGACUGCGCUACUUUGCUAAGGAGCGAAGAGCUCUUACAUUUCAUAGAUGUGUGUCGCGUAUCGAUCGAAACGGAAAUAUCGCUGAAGAAGCGUGCUCAGUCCGUCGACUCGGUGCGCAGACGCAAGAGUCGUUCGUCGAUCAUCAGCAGUCACUUGUCGCAAAAUUCCAGUGGUUCGGGAAAUACCAACCAGGAGGAGAAGAAGGACGAUGAUGAAUUUUAAUAAACUUUCGUUUUGUUGAGUUUCUGUGUAAACAAAAUUAUUUUCAUAUAAUGUAUGUAAUGCAAUG